UUUUGAAUCUCCUUCCUUCUGCUGAACAACCUACCUAUGGUUUCUCGCAAUCUUCACGAUGAAAACACUAGCUUUUAGUUUUUCCUUAAAAAAUUAUAAGAGAGUCCCAAAAGAGCCAAAAAGGCAAUGUUUUGAGCAAAAAUUUUGAAACUUUAAAAACGCACUACAAAUCGCGUUUUUAACCUUUUUAACGAGUUGGCUCGCAUUUCAUCUCACUUCUAUGCAUAUCCCCGAUUCUAUUACAUGUUAACUUGCCAAGGUUGAUAGAAUCGUAAAAUCGUCCAUUUUUACGUGUUAGAAACGCGAUUUUGACCACCUUGGUCAGGAGUUUGAAAACCGGAAAAAUAAGGGAGGCAUUAUCUGGAAACGACAAGAUGGAGGAAUUUUAUGGAAAUACUAAGCUGAUCAGAUCUGCCGAUAUUUUGCAAGAAACAUAAAUUAAUGGGCCUGACUGCAAAAACAAGAAAAUGCAUCUGCAGUGGGUCGAGAAAAUAGGGGUCCGAGGUCCGAACGACUUGUUCGCCAUUUCUCUCACUCCCAGACUGCCCGAGAAAGGUUUCUCCGCUGAACUCCUCAACCCAACUCAACAAUGGAGAAGUGCCCUUCGGUGAAGAGUAUACUGCUUCUGGACUCGGAAGGAAAACGUGUUGCUGUGAAGUAUUAUUCUGAUGACUGGCCUACAAAUGCAGCAAAGGAGGCUUUCGAGAAAGAUGUGUUCACCAAGACUCAAAAGACAAAUGCUCGGACAGAAGGUUACUCUGAGAUAGCAAUGUUUGAGAACAACAUGGUUGUCUAUAAGUUCGUUCAAGACCUUCACUUUUUCGUUACUGGUGGGGAAGAUGAGAAUGAGCUCAUCCUAGCUACUGUUCUUCAAGGAUUCUUCGAUGCUGUUGGCCUACUCUUGAGGGGCAAUGUUGACAAGAGGGAAGCACUUGAGAACUUGGAUCUCAUCCUCUUGUGCCUUGAUGAGAUCGUUGAUGGCGGUAUUAUUCUUGAAACUGAUGCCACUGUCAUCGCGGGCAAGGUUGCCAGUCACAGCAUCGAUGCUGGGGCUCCAUUGUCUGAGCAGACAAUAAGUCAAGCACUUGCCACUGCACGCGAGCAUCUAACGAGAUCGCUUUUGAAGUGAAGAAGCUAUACAUAUAACAGGAAAAAUGCGAGGAAGAUGUUCUUGUACUUUUUAUCAUAAAUACAUAAUUCAGGUGGGUUUGUCAAGCAUCAUUCAUUCAGGUCGAACUUUUGCUAUAAUUUGUUGAUGAUGAUGAUGAGUCUCCGUAGCAUAGUAGCAUAAUGUGAUGCACCACAGAUUUAAUGCUGAAUCUAAGAAUGAUACGGACAUGGAAAGUGAGAGAUAGUACCGGUUGCUGAUUGGUAUGAAACAUGAGUAUGGAGUUGUGACUAUUAUCCCUUUAUCAUGGUGUAUCGGCUUUGUUGUAGAA